CAGUUUUGCAGCAGUGACAGUUGUUGUUGGGAAGUGGGUUUCAGGAGCUUCUGUUGUGUGAAUCACUUUGUGUGUUCUGGCAUCAUUGUGUGGCACUGUACCCUGCUGCCGUGUUUCUGUGUGUGAUUUGUCUCUGAGACUGCCACAAUGUUUCUGGUGUGUGUUGCUGUAUUUCAGGCUGUAUGUGUGUAACUCUGGGGCUCCCACUCAGUGGCUUUUCACUGCCUCAGCUGCACCACUUUCUGUCAGGCUUCCUCCAGAAACUGUGUUUCUGGAGUGCCAGGAUCUAGGACUGGUGUUAAACUUUCAAUGCUGAGUUCCCACAGUGCCCAAGUCAAGGUCUGCUCUUGUUAACGCUGCCUCUUACUAUACCUGUAUCAGGGUCAGUCUUUUUGUCUUGUGUUCCGCUGUUCCAUACUGUCAUCCCUGAUGUUGUGGGUUUAUUGCUUUGUCUCAGUGAACCUCUGAUGCUGUUGGUUUAGUUACAGGGCCCCUUGUGCCCACCUGGUACUUGCGUUUAGGGUGUGAUUUUGUAUCUAGUGUGGAUUCAUCUGUGCAGGUCCUGCUGGCUGACUCUAAGUUGCCCCAGCCCUGUCUGUGUGUGUCUGUCCCUCUGUGUCUCUGCCCCAUGGACCAGUGUGUGUGCGUGGAGCGGGAGCUGGAGAAAGUGUUGCACAAGUUCCUAAUGUAUGGGCAGCACUGCGACUGCAGCUUGGAGGAACUGGUACACUAUGUCAGCGGCCUCCGACAGGAGCUGUCCAAUGCAGGUCAUCUUGAUGCCCAGUUGUCAGCAACAUUGUCACUAAUCAUGUCACAGUGCUGUAAGAAGAUAAAGGACACCGUUCAGAAGCUGGCAUUGGAUCACAAAGAUAUUCAUGGCAGUGUCUCCAAAGUGGGGAAAGCUAUCGACAGGAAUUUCGACACAGAUGUGAGUGGAGUCGGGGUGGAAGGUGUCUGGGAUUCACAUGAAAAGCAGCAAUUCUUGAGUGAGGCAGUAGUGGAACACUUGUACAGACAGGGAUUGCUGAAUGUCGCUGAAGAACUGUGCCAGGAAUCUGGAAUAUGUAUUGACCUCAGCCAGAAGGAACCCUUUCUAGAAUUGAACAGGAUCCUGGAGGCACUGCGAAUGCGGAACUUGAGGCCAGCACUGGAGUGGGCUAUGGCAAAUCGGGAGAGGCUUUUGGCUUUGAGUAGCACGCUGGAGUUCAAGCUGCACAGGUUAUAUUUCAUUAGCCUGCUGACUGGAGGUGUCAUCAAUCAGAUUGAGGCACUGGAAUAUGCCAAGAACUUUCAACCCUUUGCACAACAACAUCAAAGAGACAUCCAGGUGUUGAUGGGGAGCCUGGUUUACCUGCGGCAUGGUAUUGCAAACUCUCCAUAUCUCCAUCUGCUGGACUCCAAUCAAUGGGCAGACAUCUGUGACAUAUUCACUAGGGAUGCCUGUGCCCUCCUCGGCCUUUCGGUUGAGUCACCUCUCAGUGUCAGUUUUUCUGCUGGCUGUCUGGCAUUGCCAGUUCUGCUGAAUAUUAAGGCUGUGAUUGAACAGAGACAGUGCACAGGAAUAUGGAGCCAAAAGGAUGAGCUUCCAAUUGAGAUUGAGCUGGGUAAGAAGUGCUGGUACCACUCUGUCUUUGCCUGCCCCAUCCUCCGACAGCAAGCGACUGAAUCCAACCCCCCCAUGAAGCUGAUCUGCGGCCAUGUGAUCUCCAGAGAUGCAUUAAACAAACUGAUCAAUAGUGGAAAAUUAAAGUGCCCCUAUUGUCCAAUGGAACAAGCCCCUGCAGAUGCUAAACAGAUCUAUUUCUGAAGACCAACUUGGAGCCCAGUGGACAUUGCACCUUCUGUUGGAAAGGGGUUCUUACUAGGGUGUAUCUGGUUUAGUACUGUUUUAUUGUGACCAGUCUAGGCAUUAGAUGGCAUGAAUGUGAUUUGCCCUGGAUUGAGCUAACAUGGGUUGUGGCAGGUGCUUUUGGAUAGUUUCUCAAUCCCCCACCUGCCAGCUAUUGUAGGACCUGCACUUUAUUUUCACUAAUAUAUAACCUGGGGUUAGUCAUUAACUCCUAUCCAACUUUUUUCCCCCACUUGCAGAUGCUUAGCCACUACCAGGUAGCUCAAUUACAAUUGUAGAGCUGAUUUGCUGCCACCUGAUGUAGCAGCACAUGUUAUAAACCCUGUGCUGUGCUGUGGAGCAGUUCUAAGAUAUGCCAGAGGACUUCCAAUGACUUUAUUAGUUGCUGUACAAGCCUACUUUGACAUGAUUCACCAUUACAGAAUUAAAUGACAUGUACUCUCACCUCCUUCAUUCUGGGGAUUGCGUAAUACAGUACCACUGACAGAUACCAAGAUUUACAACCCUUUAUGAUAGCUAUUGAAAUGCCAUAAAGCUGUCUUAAUGUUGGUCUGAGGGUGGGGUUUGAGGACAUGGUUGGGUAAUGGAGCAAAAGCUUUACAUUGUAGCUGAAUCUCGCACAAAGUGGUCACCAAGGUGAAGGGAGGGGGAAAAAGCCCUUACAAUUUCCCAACCGUAUAACUCCUCCCCUUCUUAAGGAGAUCUACAGUACAUUACAUAUAAAACAUUCAUAUUAUAUCUGUAUCAAUGAGAUUUUCUUAAGAUGGUCUGUAGUCACAUAUAUCAGUACUUUAAUCUUUUAUGGACUGCAGUAAUAAUAUUUCACCCUCAAAUUAUUAUGAUUUAGUCCUUGGGUCUAAAAUUGUAGGCUUUGAAAGGGUAAUUGGUGUCUUUUUUUCUGAUCAUUGCAGUAAUGGCAGUUAACAUGUUAGCAAUGCGAUUGAGUCCUACUGAAAUCUAGAACUAGCUCAACAAGGAAUAUUUUGUUAUGAGACUCCUGCUAUAUUAAUUCACAUGGAAAUUGAUUAUGUCUUUAUUAUUUCUUGCAGAGAUGGUUUCUGUAUUAGUUCUGGUAACUUGCUCACAUUUGUAGUCUUUCGAUCUGCAAGAGCUGGUUUUUCUUGCUUGAUUAGAGGCGCUUCCACCACUAUUCAGUUUGAAAUUUAAGGCCCCAUUUGUCACGGACACUUUAAAAGGUGUCCCCCCAAGGUUAUCUGUGGACAAUGUAUUUGUUUGUGACUGUGUACAUUUUGUCCUUGGAGUGAGUAAUUCGGUUUAAAAAUAAUCCAGCAGCAAAGCCUUGUUAGUGAAAAAGGAAUACGUUGGUUUAUUUUGCACCAUUGCUCUGGAAGUUACUUAAGAAAAUAUAAAGUUACAAACACAUACACCCACCAAGAUUAGUUACAGAGGAAGAUAAAACGAUUCUUAUAAAUGUGAGUCAAGUUCAGGCUGUAUUGUUCGACGCAGGCCUACUAGUUUUUCAAAGUCGAAAUGUUGUGUUGUGUGGAGUGAAGAUUUUGAGGUUAUAGGAUUGUCUCUGCAGCUGCGAUGGCUUCCACUGUCGAAUUUCCAGAUGCUGCUUUAACAGGUGAGCUUAGAUGGAAUCAGUUUUACAAGGAAGAGAGAAGGUCCCUUACUUCUGCAGGGGUGGUACUUUUAGCUAAGAGGAAAGCAAAAUACUGCUGGAAAUCUGAAACAAAAACAAAAAUAGCUGGAAAGACUAUUUUAAAAACUAGCUUAUAUUUCACCUCAUUUCUAUUUUUCUUUAGUUCUGAUGAAGAGUCAUACGGACUCAAAACGUUAACUGUCUUCCUCUCCGCAGAUGCUGUCAGACCUGCUGAUUUUUUUCCAGCUAUUUUUGGUUUUGGUACUUUUAACUGCCUAGUUACUUUAGAGCAGACCAGUAACUGCUUUUCUGGAUGUCCCGCUUUGUCUCUCCCUGUUGCAAGCGGUUGUCUUUCUGCUAUACUGAAGCUGGUUCAAGAUGGAUCUGUCCCCAGGCAGCUUGCUGCCCUUUUUUUCAAACAUGAAACAAAGAUGGCUGCUGUUAUGCUAAGUCAUGUUCCAUAUAAGGCAAGUAGUAAUUCCAUUACAGUUUUGAAUUUUUUUUAACCACCUGCUGUGUUCAAAAGGGCCAGGGCUGUUCAUGCCUUAAAGUGGCUUAUCAGUUAGUCUCUUUGUAUUUGGAGGAAAGGCCAUCAAAGCAAUGAGUUUCUGUUUAUUCAUUUGGGACACUCAUUGAAUUUCAAAUGUUUUUUGUAUUUAUAUAUGUCUGGUAAUGCAUCCUUGUCUCCUCAGAAGGUAAGAAAGGUGGUUGAAAUCCACAAUUCUGUCUGGUAGCCUGGAGCCAUUUUGAGAACAGUCUUUAAACUCAGUCCAAGAUUUAAAACAAAAAUGCAACUUAUAGAAUAGAUUUCUAAAAAUUUGUAAUGUAAUACCUGCCCACCAUAACACAUUUAAUCUUCUGAUUUUGCACUGAUUAACUAGAUCUACCCAACAUCCAAUGCCAAUUUUAAAGGAUUUUUAUAGUGAAUUCCAUCUAACUUCAUCAGAUGAACACAUUUGAGUGGUGCACUACUGAACUGGACAGUAAAUCCCAGGAUAUAAGCAUGGUUGGUGCUAAGUGCUUUGGUCUUAGCCAGGACAGUACUCAGCACUACAGUUGUCCUCUGUUCCUGAGCUAGGGAAAGGGGGAAAUCACUUGGUGGUCUCACUCUUUCCUUAUCCAGUGAUCUCUGUUGAAAAGUAUGCAUAUGUUGAACUGGACAUCAGAUGAGGAUCCCCACCGUAGUCGAUGGGCUUAUAAAUCUUGUAGUGUGGGCUGGCACAUAAAGAAUGGUAGUUUGAACAUCAUAUCAGAGAGCUGUCAAUGCUCAUAUAACCAUCCCCUGCUAAAUGUCCCUGACUUCAGGAGAAGUAAAGAGGGAAGGAAAUGCUUUGUUUCAGACACCAGCUCUUGAUUCAGACUUUGCAAGUCAAAACAAAGUCAAUUUUUAGAAAACUUCAGUGGCAGCCCAUUCUAUCAUUCAUUCAACACAAACUGAAGCAAGGACAGAUAAAUUUAAUUAUUUGGAUAUUAUCUGGGAUUGGCCAGUGGGGGCUACUGUUUUGUACUGGGGAAGAAUGACCAAUUUGCUUUUUCAACUCUAGGUGACAAUGAGAGACAGGGGAGAGUUAGUUGAGUUUCGAAGAAGCAACAGAUUCUUGUUAGGCAAUGGAAACAAAGGUUAUUGGGGGUAGAUGGGAAUGUACAACACAGAACACAAACUGAUCAGCCAUGAUCUUAUUGAAAAGCGGAGCAGGCUCGAAGGGCUGAAUGGCCUACUUCUCCUAUUUCAUAUGUUCAUAUGAGUUGCGAUGGCUAGUCAAUGUUCAUCAGAAAUCAACUUUUAAAAAAUUGACCUUUUAUUGAAUAUUGCAGGUUGUACUUUAUCAUUUUUGAAAAUAUUCUGUACUUUUUUUUUAAUAUAAACCCUGUAAUUGUGCCUUUUCAAAUGUUUGGUUUUUGUGACACAUCACUGUAUUUGCCCCUUGCACUAGUAGUAAAUGAGUGGCUGUAACACAUCAUUCAUGACCCCCCACUAUACAUGAUUGUAAGUACACACAUAGGAACAACUUCUGUUAGUUAAAAUAAACAAAAAGAUCACCACUUAGAAGCCGGUUUUAUCUUAAAAAGCCUGUUACCAUUUAAUAUAAACUGGUCAUGCCAAAAAUAGCCACCCUAAGUAUUCUUAAUGAAACAAGCAUUAAAUCCCAGAUAAUUGGGCAACCAGGAGUAAUUCAGCUCAAUGAGAGUGAAAGGAAUCUGGUUCGAUCUGGUGGAUUAAGUGAAGCCUACUCACUGUUUGACCUUAAAUUCAGCCCAAACUGAAGGAUUGAAAAUCUCCCCCCAUAUGUAAGUGUUCUGAGUGGAAUAAACUCUACUCCCUGUGCCAGUCUCAACUGGCCCACGGUGUCACUGAGUGAACCUUGUGCUCUUUCAUGGCUAUUGAGUAUUUUUACCAGCAGCUAAUUUUAAAGGUGGCCAACAUGCCCCCACCUUGAAGGCAGGGUUUUUUUUGUGUGGACUCCUUGUUCCUUCCCUUCCAUCUUCACCUGGUCCUGUACAUCUGCCAAAGUCACCCAAACAAUGAAGGAGAAUGGCCCUGGGCAGAAGGCUUCAUCCAAAGUAAUGACCUUCCCUUUGGAGAAAUAAACUGGUUCCUACACGUCUAUUCACUGUGAAAAUGCUGAAAUGAUGAACUACAAAGGUAGAAAUUUGUGCUUUGUAGGCUAAAUGGCAUGCAUUGGGAUGGGAGGUUCCAGCCAACCGUAGGGUUUCUUUGGGUUCUAGAGUGUAACCUGAACAUAUGAUAUGCCUACAUCAUUGCAAAAAGUAAUGACAAACCCUCAAAAGCGUAUUCAAAUAUAGUAUUUUUAGCUGUCAAAGCCAGAUUCAGGAUGUGCAACCCAGAUUUACCUGUAGGGUUAAAUGAAGAUGUUCAGGCUGUAAAAAGAAAAAAAUGACAUUAUAUAUGGUGCUGUUUUUAACCACCAACAGUAGUAUUUUCUGAUGACAUCCAUCUUGCAAAAGAUGGGGAAUGUAACUUUUGAACUAUCCUUCUUUGUUUUUAUAUAUAUAAUGGGAAGGAGAGACCUGAUUUUUCUUAACCAUUUCCAAAAUGUUACUGUCUCAAAGAUGGUGGUUUCCCAAUCUUUCAUCUGUUUUUGCUAUAGUUUUAGUUUGGAGGGUGUAUGAAAAUUUUGUAGGAUUGCUCCAUUUCAUGAGCUGUUAUUUUAAUCCCUAGCUUGCUUGUCACCUGUCCUUCCACAAAACCAGAAGAUUGUAAAGAAAAGGUUAUGGAAUAUCUGGCAAUCGGCAGUUUGGAGAGUUCAAUGCUCUCUGAUAAUUUUAGACUGUUACAUGACUUUUAAAUUAUAUUAUGAAUAAUGACUACAUUAUUUUAGAGAACAAAUGUUUAAUAAAUAUGUUGAAAUGCUUUUGUGAUUUGAAAUUGUUUUUCAUCUGCAGUAUAAAAAGAAAAUGCAAUAGCAAUCUUA